GCUGUUAUCAUUAAAGGUACGGACGCCAACUGGUAGUUGUUAACGAAGGUUCCACAAAUAUGUUGUUUGUGUAAAAAAAAUCUGCGCAAAGUUGGCUUGCAAUGAUUUUUAGUUAUGGUUCUAUAGCUGCAUUAUGGGUAUAGAAAGUCUUACGAUAGAAUUAGAUGAUCCUGCUGGAAUUUACUUCCCUGGAGAAGAAGUGUCUGGAGUAGUUCACAUCUCAAAUGUUAACAGCAAAAUACUGAAAGGAAUAUACCUGGAAUGUCAAGGCUAUGCAAAAUUCUGUUUCAAUGAAUUAAGUAGCGAGACAUACUAUUCAGCUGAAGAAACUUAUCUAGACCUGAAAAUUCCUCUAAUUAACAAUGAAGGUAGAGAAACAUUUGAGCUUGUCAGUGGGGUUCACCAAUUUCCAUUUGCUUUUCUACUUCCAACAAAAAUUCCCUCAUCAUUUCAAACUGAGAUGUUGGAGAAAUUUGGCUAUGGCCAUGUCAAGUACUCGAUCAAAGUAGUUUUGAAAAGGUCUUCACGCCAAGCAAAUCGAGAAACCUGCUACAUUCCAUUCACUGGAGUUUUGAAGCCGUCAUGGAAACCAAAUUACGAAUAUGUGCUCGCUUUUACGGUCAAAACCAUUGUUGACUUAAAUGCAAUACCAAAAGCAGCAUUACCAACACAAGCAAUAAAAACCAAGCCCGUUUUUCGUUGGUUUUGCUGCCGGUCUGGACUUAUAACGGUAAAACUGUAUGUAGACCGUACAGGCUAUGUCGCAGGUGAAACCAUUUUCUUGCAUGCAGAUGUAGACAACCAAAGCAUGACUACAUUGCUUGGUGCAACGGUUUUUCUCAUUGAGAGCGUGGAUUUUCAUACCCACAACAAAUCCAAAACCUACGAACGCGUCUUGUGUGAACAGAAACGGCGAGGAAGAGUGUUCCAAGAAGCACCGCAAGUGUUCUCAAUCGUCGUCCCUACAAUGACACCAUCCUAUUUGCAUUUUUGCGAUAUUAUUGACGUCUCCUACAAAAUUGAGUUCCGAUUGAUAGACUCUGAAGCACUUGCACCAAAGUUAGUGGUGCCACUUGAAAUUGUGGUGGGGAAUGUUCCCUUUCGCACUAGAGCCCAACCGUCACUCAAUCUUACUGAAACUUACCAGUAAUAUACCACUUUAAUCGCCAUGAAGAAAUUUUGAUCUCUGCCCGUCUCGAAGAUCUCGUUGUCAUACCUACCAUACUAAGGAGUAUUGAAAAUCAACUCUCCUAGGCUUUAAUUUAAUUUUGUUUUUAAAGACUAUAAUUUUUGUGGUUUGGGUGUUAAUAACAACAAAAAUUGCUUGCAUUUUUCAGCCAAAAGGUUUUUGAUUUAAAAAUAUUUGCUAUUUCCCUGGAUGUCCCUUUUGUCUUGCUGUGGGCACUGAAUUAAUCUGUCUUUGACCGGUAACGCCAUCGCCAAGUAAAACUAUGUAAAAAUAAUCCAUUACUAUAUCAGUAUGUAUACUAAAAUUAUAUCAGCCUGUUAAUAUGCUGGCUUACCUAUUUUGUAACCUGACUAUAUUUGAAUUUGAGUUUUAAAUAUAUGUUUAUUGCGUCCACGUAAA